GACAAUCUAUUAUUUAAGGUAAAAAAAAAAAUUAUUCAUCCCAAAUUUUCUCGAUCUUGGUAAUUAUCCACCGAUUCUUCAUCGACCAUCUGUGCUCUUUCGCGCGAUUCUUCUCUGAGUGCUUUUCAACUCCAUUUCAGAAUCAAUUGAUUUUGGUUGAAUUUUUGUCACAAUGAAAGUAAAGAAGGGAAAAAAAGGCACACGACUUGCUGAAAAGAAGAAACAACAGAAUAGGGAACAAAAAGCUGAUGUUGAGACACAUGUUCAAGUAAACAAUGAUGAGAUGAAGUCCAAAGAUGAUGUUUGCAUCAGUUCACAACUCAAAAGGCCCCUCAUACCUUCUAGUGGAGAACCGUUGGUAGAUAUUCCUGAAAGUAUAAAGUCCAGUGAAGAAUUGUAUCGAGGUAAGUUAAGAAACUUUAAAGCAAUGACGGAAAGCAAAGGAUGUUCUUCAAAGCAGGGGAUGGAGCAAAGUUCUACUUCAAAGCAAGCAAAAAAUCAGAAAACAAUCAUGAGUACUAUGGACAACGCUUUGAGAUCCAUUCUCAAUCAGGAUCUAAGGAAACAACAAUCAUUGACAGCUGGAAGUUCAAUACAAGUGGAAGGAUCUGUUCAAAUACAACAUAAAAAGCAAGAUGAUAGGACAGGCCGCUAUCUGUUCAAUGGAUUAAGCAACAGUUCUUCUGCUCAAUUCCAAAAGGACCUUGUUGAUCAUGGAUCAUCCAAGAAGCAAAAGACUACUUCAAAGUGUCCUUCAAUGUCACUUGAUGAUUAUUUUGAAAGGCAUAUGCAACAACUUGAAGUUGAGGGUGAUAUUAACUAUGUAAAUGAUGAUGGUAGGAAAACUAAUGACGAUCCCAUGGAAGAGUUGAAAAAGUCCAAAGGUGAUGGAUACAGUAAAUCACAAUUCAAAAGGCCCAUGCUACGUUCUAGUGGAGAACCGUUAGUAAAUAUUCCAGAAAGUAUGAAGUGGAUGUUUUCCAAAGAAUAUUUGUCAAAGCACGGAAUGGAGCAAAGUUCGACUUUAAAGCAAGCAAAAAAUCAGAAAGCAAUGAUGAGUACCAUAGACUCUGCUGGGAAAUCCAUUCUAAAACAUGAUCAAAGGAAACAACGUUCCGCCUUAAAGCAAGCAAAAAAUCAGAAAACAACGUUGAGUGCUAUAAACACUGCAGGGAGAUCCAUUUUUGAGCAUGAUCAAAGGAAACAACGUUCCACUCUAAAGCAAGCAAAAAAUCAGAAAACAAUCAUGAGUACUAUAGACACCGCUUUGAGAUCCAUUCUCAAUCAGGAUCUAAGGAAACAACAAUCAUUGACAGCUGGAAGUUCAAUACAAGUGGAAGGAUCUGUUCAAAUACAACAUAAAAAGCAAGAUGAUAGGACAGCGAUCUGCACUCUGUCCGGUGGAUUAAACAACAGUUCUCCUCAAUUCCAAAAUGACUCUGUUCGUCAUGGACCAUUCAAGAAGCAAAAGACUAUUCCAAUGUGUCCAGCAAUGUCACUUGAUGAUUAUUUUAAAAUGUAUAAGCAACAACUUGAAGUUGAGGGUGAUAUUAAUGAUGAAAAUGAUGAUGAAUUUGAGGGUGAUAUUAACUAUGAAAAUCAUGAUGUGGAGAAAACUAAUGACCAUCCAAUGGAAGGAGAAGCAUCAAGAAAAAGGACAAGAGGAAGGACAAAAUGCUGGCAAAUUCAUCACCGAUCACCUGGUGAAAGACAAGAAAUCACCUUAAAUGAAGAGGGAGAACCCAUUGGACCAACUCAAAAGAUAGUUUCUGAAUUCAGCAAUUUUUUGGGAUCAAUAGCAAGGAUGUCAGAUUUGUGUCCUCUUAUUUACACUAAUUGGAAGGCUAUACCAAACAAGAAGGAAAAUAUAUGGGCUUAUGUCAAUAAAAGUUAUAUUGUUCCAGAAAAAGGAGAGAAGGCUGUAUAUGCUAUAAUAAAUGAUGCUUGGAGGCGGUACAAAUGCUCGAUUAAGAAAAAUCAUUUCACUAAGUAUGAAAACAUGCGUGAGAGGUUGAAAAAUCGUCCAGACAACAUACCAGAAGAUCAUUUUAGGAAAUUAAUGAAUUAUUGGAGCUUUGAUAUCAUUCAAGAAAUUGGUCAUACAAAUGCCAAAAGUACAGCUAAACAAAAAUGUAGACAUCGAGCGGGUCCCAUAAGCUUUGCUAUCAUAAGGGAAAAACUGCGUGCAACCAAGGAUGAUAGAGAGCCUCCUACUCAAGCUGAAGUUUUUAUUGAAACACGACAGAGUAAGAGAGGAAAUCAGCUAGAUGAAGUUACUAGUAAAGCUAUCACAAAUCUUCAAGAUUUGAUGAUAAAUUCCGGUCAGUCUUCAGAUGAGGCAUUUCAAACUGUCUUCGGCAAAGAAAGAUCAGGGAGGAGAUUGCGUUGCCACGGAAGAUUUACAACACCUUCUAUCUUGAAAAGAAAUAAAGAAAUAGCAGAAAUAAAAAAAAAGCAUGCUGAUGAGGUGAAAAAUUUAAUCGACAAGGUUCAGGAAAUGGAGGAAAAACAUGAAAAGAUGGAGGCUAAACAUAGUAAUGAGAUGGCAGCAAUAGAGGGAAAAUUGCAAAUUCUUCUAAGGGUCAUGCUGAACCAAAGCAACUCAGGCCGAGAUAUGGGGGAUUUGGUAGCAUUGUUAUCAACCCCGAAUGGUGAUAAUAAUAAUAAUAAUAAUGCUCUACAUUCAUCUUCAUCUGCACAUGACCCAAAUAAUCAUGAGGUAAAUCAUGGCCCUAUGGAUGAAGAACAAAUGCUUGAUGACUUGGAAGAAGAAGAUCCUGAAGAACACUUGUCUGAUGACUUGGAAGAAGAUGAUGAAGCACAAUUUGGUGAUGACUCAGAAGAAGAAGAAGACCCAGAAUAUUCAGAUUGACUCAUCAAUAGUGGUGCUUUUUUUUUUUUUUUUUUGUGUGAUAACUGAUAAGAAUGCAAAUACUAUUCCUUUCUACUUUGGGUUGAUAAUAGAAUCAACAAGUUAUAUGGAGCUUCUUUUUAUAAGUUUGAUUGUAAUCAAAUUAAGAGAGGCUAAUUUUAUGUUCCAUUUAUUAUCAAAGUUUACCCAACUUAACAAGAUGCAGUGUGGUUAUUAGAAGUAGUAAUUAGUUGCUUGUCUUUUGUAAUAGAAUUUGAGGCAAUGCCGAAUUGUUAUAUAUGUGAUGUUUGAUUUGGUUUGA